GCAAAGGAAGACAAAGAUAUGGAAGAUGUUGUUUUAAUUCCAGAUGAAGAGGAGAAUCUAUCCCAAGAAAAUUCUGGGGCAAGGUACAUUAUAUCAAAAUGGAUACUUCAAGUGUUACAUUAGAGCACCGUCAAAUAUCCACCAACGGCCAUCUCUCCACAACAGUUACUUACAAACUGUCCAUGUUAGUGGCCUCAAAAGCAAAUUCCAACAAGCUCAGUUCUGCCCUGCUACCUAAACUUUAGCUUUGAAAAGAAUCAUUCUUUGCAUGCUGUUAAUUGGCAAAGUUGUAAAAAGUUGUUGUUCAGUAGCUUGUAGUUGUGGGAAACAUCCAAAACCAUUUACAGAACUCACCCUUCAUCUGUGUUAUUUUAGUAAGGAAACUAUCGUGGAUGCUGUUGUUGCUAAUGUCAUCUGGCAGAUGAAUUCAGAUCGAAAAACAACUGCCUUAAAACAACUUCAGGGCCACAUUUGGAGAAAAGCAUUUGAUGAUGGUGUUAUAAAAGGAGAAGUGUUUGAUGAUGUUGUUACAGCUUUCAAGAGAUGGACUUCAAACAAAAUCAAAAUUUAUAUUUACUCAUCUGGAAGCACAGACUCUCAAAAGCUUCUGUUUGGUAAUUCCAAGUGUGGGAACCUUUUACAGUAUCUAAGUGGACACUUUGACACCUCAGUUGGAGCUAAAAUUGAGUUGCAGAGUUACAAGAAAAUUGCUGAUGCAAUUGAUAUGAAACCCUCAAGAAUUCUUUUUGUCACUGAUGUUGUCAAAGAAUCAAGAGCAGCCUUUAAGGCAGGAUACAAAACUGCUAUCAGUGUUCGGCCUGGCAAUGCACCAUUGACAGAAGAAGACAAAAGGGACUUUAAAGUGAUAUCUUCAUUUGACGAGUUAUUUGAAGACACAGAAGAGCUGAGUCGUGCAAAAAGGAAAUCAAAAGUUACUGAUUGAUAAUUAUUUCAGUGCACUUUUCAUAACAAAGAACAGAAUGAUUGUGGCAGGGAUCAGAAGGGAGUUAAGACAGUUGAAAGGCACUGAGCAUGUCAGUCACAAGACUGUAUCUGACUCAUUCUCAGUCCUUUGGGAAGCAUGUAAGAGGUGAGGUGUGUGCAAGGGAAGAUGGGAAGGGGGAAAAGGGGGUUGACUCUCUACUCCCUCCUCCCCCUGUUUUAGUGACCCUUCCACAUCUGUAGUGACUGACUGACCAUGACUGUGUAUGAAAAAUAGGUAACCAUAGAGGGGAAGGGGGGAGGGGUCAGAGACUGCAUUCAAACUGAUGACGCGAAUGCAACCAACUGAAUGCUGAAUUUUGUCAACAACAGGGUGAUUAGAUCUGAUUCAUUGGUAACCACCCUAAUUUACUAAAAAUCUGGUUACAUAAAAGUGAAAUUUAAUUGUUGCAUGACUGGUUAAGUAUAUCUUAACUUGUUUUUGGGAUGAACAAUUUGUAGACAUUUGAAUAAAUCAUUCUGCAAUGCUAUUGUGGAGGGAACCUG